ACAAGCGGGGAACCGCCAGGCACAAUAGAAACAACUUCUAAACAGGAAAAUGAUUACGAAUACGACGUGCUAUGCCAAAAUCAGAGGGGAUUUUUCUUCAUUGGCAAACCAAGGUUCAGUUCAAAUGUUUUGAAUCAGUUAGAUCCUGCACCAUGGACAGAUCGUCAUGGCUGCCCGUCUCAAACCAAUGUUUACGAUACACCAUUGCCAGAUCCGACUUGGGAAUGGGUCCAUAAACUGUGGUUAAUAGACAUGUCUGGGGACGUUGACGAAGGUGGCUGGGAGUAUUCAUUUAAUUUCCGUGGCUACAGCUGGCACGGCAUUUGUAAACCAUUUCGUUCUUUUGUCCGUCGAAGACGGUGGAUACGAUUACGGAAGAAGGGUCUUCCUUUAGCACCGAACCCUAGACUUCACGAGCAUGACCUGUUAGAUGAACUGAAGGCUGCUAGGUUAGAUCGUGAGAGAUUGGAUCUUAUCAAAAAGUAUAUUGACAGUCACCCAAACUUGGAUAUAUUUGAUAAUAAAAUGGCAUUUUUCCUCAACGUGUUCGAUAACCGUGAAUCUAAAAAAAAGUUCUUGGAGUUAUUGACGAUCAAUGGACGAGAAGACCUUGCAAAAAGUGGGAUGAAACUUAUCGGAGAGACAGGGACUAUUUAA